UCACAAAUAUCCGAUAAUGUCCUAGCCGAAGAACAAGGUGAAGAGUACACCCAUGCUGAAUGUUACAGUCACUCAGGGUCUGUCCAUCUUCCAGUUCUUUACCAGCAAAUAUGAGUCGUUGUUGAUCUGGUGGUAUUCCCUCCUUGUCCUGGAUUUUUGUCUUUACAUUCUCAAUGGUAUCACCGGCCACCACCUCCAGAGGGAUGGUCUUGCCUGUGGG